AUGAACCACCAUCACACCCAGCAGCAGCAACAGAAAGCCGGCGAGCAGCAGCUCAGCGAGCCGGAGGACAUGGAGAUGGAAGCUGGGGACACAGACGAUCCCCCGAGAAUCACUCCAAAUCCUGUCAUCAACGGGAAUGUGGCAAUGGCGGACGGACACAACAACACAGAGGAAGACAUGGAGGACGAUACAAGCUGGCGCUCGGAGGCCACCUUCCGCUUCGUGGUGGAGCGUUUCAGCAGGCUGAGCGAGUCGGUGCUCAGCCCCUCGUGUUUUGUGAGGAACCUUCCCUGGAAGAUCAUGGUGAUGCCCCGUUUCUACCCAGACAGGCCUCACCAGAAGAGCGUGGGCUUCUUCCUGCAGUGCAAUGCUGAGUCAGAUUCUACGUCAUGGUCAUGUCACGCUCAAGCCAUGCUGAAAAUCAUAAACUACAAAGACGAGGAGAAGUCGUUCAGCCGCCGGAUCAGUCACCUGUUCUUCCACAAGGAAAAUGACUGGGGUUUCUCCAACUUCAUGUCAUGGAGCGAUGUGACUGACCCAGAGAGAGGCUUCGUCGAGGAUGACAAGGUCACGUUCGAGGUUUAUGUCCAGGCGGAUGCUCCGCAUGGUGUGGCAUGGGAUUCAAAGAAGCAUACUGGUUAUGUAGGAUUAAAGAACCAGGGAGCCACAUGCUACAUGAACAGCCUACUACAAACACUCUUCUUCACCAACCAGCUCAGGCGGGCGGUCUACAUGAUGCCCACUGAGGGCGAUGACUCCUCCAAAAGUGUUCCCCUUGCUCUGCAGAGGGUCUUCUAUGAACUCCAACACAGCGAUAAGCCAGUUGGGACAAAGAAGCUGACCAAGUCUUUUGGGUGGGAGACUCUGGAUAGUUUCAUGCAGCACGAUGUACAGGAGUUAUGCAGAGUGCUUCUGGACAACGUUGAGAACAAGAUGAAAGGAACUUGUGUUGAGGGCACGAUCCCAAAGCUCUUCAGAGGAAAAAUGGUGUCCUACAUCCAGUGUAAGCACGUGGAUUACAGGUCUGAGCGAAUAGAGGAUUACUACGACAUCCAGCUCAGCAUAAAAGGAAAGAAAAACAUCUUUGAGUCAUUCAAAGAUUACGUAGCUGUGGAGCAGCUGGAUGGGGAUAACAAGUAUGAUGCGGGGGAGCAUGGCCUACAGGAAGCUGAGAAAGGGGUGAAGUUUCUGACCUUCCCUCCUAUCCUGCACUUACAGCUCAUGAGGUUCAUGUACGACCCGCAGACCGACCAAAACAUCAAGAUAAACGACAGGUUCGAGUUUCCCGAGCAGUUACCGCUGGAUGAGUUCCUGCAGAAACCUGAUGUGAAGGACCCAGCCAACUACAUCCUGCACGCGGUGCUGGUGCACAGCGGAGACAACCACGGGGGCCAUUAUGUCGUCUAUCUCAACCCAAAAGGAGACGGCAAAGUGAGUGUCACGGAGCCAAUAUGGUGCAAAUUUGAUGACGACGUUGUUUCCCGAUGCACUAAAGAGGAGGCCAUCGAACACAACUACGGUGGCCACGAUGACGACCUUUCCGUACGCCACUGCACCAACGCGUACAUGCUGGUGUACAUCCGAGAGUCCAAGCUGAGUGAGGUGUUGCAGCCGGUUACAGACAUGGACAUCCCUCAGCAGCUGGUGGAGCGACUGCAAGAGGAGAAGAGGGUGGAGGCACAGAAACGGAAGGAGCGCCAGGAAGCUCAUCUCUACAUGCAAGUACAGAUGGUGACAGAGGACCAGUUUUGUGGGCACCAGGGCAACGACAUGUAUGAUGAGGAGAAAGUGAAGUACACCGUGUUCAAGGUUCUUAAGAGCUCCACCCUAGCCGAGUUUGUGCAGAACCUCUCACAGACCAUGGGUUUCCCACAGGACCAGAUGCGGCUGUGGCCCAUGCAGGCCAGAAGCAACGGCACAAAGCGGCCAGCCAUGCUGGAUUACGAGGCCGAUUACAACAAGUCUAUGAUUGACUUGAGCGACAACGAGAAUCCAUGGACAAUAUUUUUGGAAACGGUAGAUCCGGAAAUGGCUGCCAGCGGUGCAACAUUACCCAAGUUCGACAAAGACCAUGAUGUCAUGUUGUUCUUGAAGAUGUAUGAUCCAAAAACCAGAAGCUUAAAUUAUUGUGGACAUAUCUACACACCUAUAUCCUGUAAAAUACGAGACUUGCUGCCCGUCAUGUGUGAAAGAGCAGGGUUUCAGCAGGGAACUAGUCUUAUCCUCUAUGAGGAAGUUAAACCGAAUUUAACAGAGCGGAUACAGGACUAUGACGUCUCCCUGGACAAAGCUUUGGAUGAGCUAAUGGAUGGAGACAUAAUCGUGUUCCAGAAAGACGACCCGGAAAACGACGCCAGCGAGCUGCCGACUGCGAAGGACUACUUCAGAGACCUGUACCACAGAGUGGACGUCAUCUUCUGUGACAAAACCAUCCACAACGACCCAGGCUUCGUUGUGACGCUUUCAAACCGAAUGAACUACUUCCAAGUGGCGAAGACUGUUGCACAGAGGUUAAACACUGACCCCAUGCUCUUGCAGUUCUUCAAGUCCCAGGGGUACAGAGACGGCCCUGGCAACCCACUCAGGCACAAUUACGAGGGCACUCUUCGAGACCUGCUGCAGUUCUUCAAGCCCCGGCAGCCCAAGAAGCUCUAUUACCAGCAGCUCAAGAUGAAGAUCACAGACUUUGAGAACAGGAGGAGUUUCAAGUCCAUAUGGCUCAACAGUCAGUUUCGGGAGGAGGAGAUCACACUGUACCCAGACAAGCAUGGCUGCGUUCGAGACCUCCUGGAAGAAUGUAAAAAAGCCGUGGAGCUCUCCGACAAAGGCUCGGAGAAGCUGAGGCUGUUAGAAAUUGUAAGCUACAAAAUUAUCGGGGUUCACCAAGAGGACGAACUGCUAGAAUGUUUAUCUCCUGCAGCCAGUCGAACUUUCAGAAUAGAGGAAAUCCCUCUCGAUCAGGUCGACCUGGAUAAGGAAAAUGAGAUGCUGAUUCCAGUUGCACAUUUCCACAAGGAGGUCUUCGGGACUUUCGGUAUUCCAUUCUUGCUGAAGAUCCGUCAGGCGGAGCCCUUCAGAGAGGUGAUGAGGAGGAUCCAGAGCAUGCUGGACAUCCAGGAGAAAGAGUUUGAGAAGUUCAAGUUUGCGAUCGUGAUGAUGGGUCGGCAUCAGUACAUCAACGAGGAUGAUUAUGAAGUGAAUCUGAAGGACUUCGAGCCGCAGCCAGGAAACAUGUCCCACCCGAGGCCUUGGUUAGGUCUCGAUCACUUCAACAAGGCUCCAAAGAGAGGGCGCUACACGUACCUGGAGAAGGCCAUCAAGAUCCACAACUGACAAGCUCUCCACCCUAACCGACCCUACUAAAAAGACUUUAACCAAACGUCUUGUGUGCACCACUCUUACCACCUGCUGUCUGGGUACACAGGCCCAAUGUAUGAAGUCUUCAGCAAAACGGAGUUGCCGCUCUUUUGUUUCGGGGUUUUUUUUUUUUUUUUGGUUUUGUUUCUUUUUUUUUUUCCCUAUUUCUUUUUCAUUAGAAGCUCUUUGAUUUGGCUUCUCUAUUGACUGCCUAUUUUGUCUGGAAGAAUGAAUUGGAUUUUAACAGACGGGGGGGAACAGUAUGAACUUCUAGACCGUUUCAGUUUCCGUUUUGUUUCGUUUUUCCUUUUAAUUUUGUUUUAAAGACUUGUUACGGAGAGAAAGCUGCUGCGUAGUGAGGGGGAUGGACGAAAGAAGUUUUGCCAUUUGCAGAUAAGUUAAGGGUUUCGAUCCUUUUAACCAAAAAAAAAAAAUUAAAAAAAAAACAAUAAAAAAAAAAAAACACACAAGCACCACAGAUGGUUAUAGCUCGCUAGUUGCCCUGAAGUGGUUCCAUUUUCUUGUCCCUUAGCGCGACUAGGCAGUUUUCAUGUUUACACAAUUUUCUUUUCUCACUUAGUUUGAUCGGAGGGGUUCAGUUCGUCUCUUUUUCUGGAAACCUUGUAUGAUAUAUAAAGAAAUAAAGAUCCACCGCAUCUGUUUCGAGAGUAAAAAAACAAACCAGAAACGAAAUAAAUCGUCUGUAUUUCAUCUUGCACGUUGGCACUUAAAUAUCAAAGAUUCCAUCUUUCUCAGCUGGAAAAUGUGAUCUUUGGUUGUUAUUUGGCCCAUGGACCCCGACCCCCCCCCCCCCCACUCCCCACCCCCGCAUCCCCUCUCGCCCUCCGCCCUCCUCCACGGCGGGCGGGAGGAGCUGCUUGCUGGAGGCUCCACAUUCACUGUACUGUGCAUUGGCAGGACGCUGCAGACAUUCGGUCAACUGGUUCAGGACAUAGAGAAACCAGCAUUAAACGAACCAAUUAAGAAUCCUUGGGCUUUGGUUUUUGUUUUUCCUUCUUUUUUUUUUUUUUCCUCCUUUCUUUUUUUGUAAGCACAGGAGGGGAACUCCAUAGUGCAUAGUUGGCUUUGUAAAGACAACAUUUAAAAUUGUAUAUUUAAAGAAUGGACAUGUAAAAUUAAAGACACACUUUGUUGGGUACAGAUCAAUUCAGAUGUUCAUAUUCAUUGUGUGUAGUUUUAUUUUCGACACUGACUUUCCGUUUUAUUUUCUCUUACUUCCCCCCUUCCUUAACUACUUGCAACAGUUUGUCUUGUUUAAGUGCAGUACAAAAAUGACCUGCAGAUCACAUCUUUAAUUUGAUUUCUUUUUUUUUUCCAGUCUAAUUCCUCCGUGUAGCAGCAGUGUACGACAACUAUUCCUGUAUAUUGCCUUUUUGCUGAAAAAUGUAUGUUGAAUAAAAUUUUCUAUAAAAGCUA